UCGACGGCACCGAGGGGGAGGGGAGGCCGGAUGUGAGUGGAGCGGCCAUUUCCUGUUUCUCUGCAGUUUUCCUCAGCUUUGGGUGGUGGCUGUUGCUGUGCUUCGUCUUCCAAGUCCACUGAGGGCCAGGCGGCGUGGACAGCGGUCCCGGCACUCGGCGCCCCGCCGCCCGCAGCCUCGUACCCGCCCUCCCCGCGCUUCCCGAGCCCGCCGCUUCCCGCCUCAGUGACCGGCCGCCGCCGCUGCGGCCCACGGAGCGGCCCAGAUGCAGGCCAUCAAGUGUGUGGUGGUGGGAGACGGAGCUGUUGGUAAAACCUGCCUGCUGAUCAGUUACACGACCAAUGCAUUUCCUGGAGAGUACAUCCCCACCGUCUUUGACAACUAUUCUGCCAAUGUUAUGGUAGAUGGAAAGCCUGUGAAUCUGGGCUUAUGGGAUACAGCUGGACAAGAAGAUUAUGACAGAUUGCGUCCCCUCUCCUAUCCGCAAACAGACGUGUUCUUAAUUUGCUUUUCCCUUGUGAGUCCUGCAUCAUUUGAAAAUGUCCGUGCAAAGUGGUAUCCUGAAGUGCGACACCACUGUCCCAACACUCCCAUCAUCCUAGUGGGGACGAAGCUUGAUCUUAGGGAUGAUAAGGACACGAUUGAGAAGCUGAAGGAGAAGAAACUGACCCCCAUCACCUACCCGCAGGGGCUAGCCAUGGCAAAAGAGAUUGGUGCUGUCAAAUAUCUGGAGUGCUCAGCACUCACACAGCGAGGCCUCAAGACAGUGUUUGAUGAAGCUAUCCGAGCGGUUCUCUGUCCACCUCCUGUCAAGAAGAGGAAGAGAAAAUGCCUGUUGUUGUAAAUGUCUGAGCCCCUCAUUCUUGGUCCUGUCCCUGGAACCUUUGUACGCUUUGCUCAAAAAAACGGUGGAGCCUUCGCAUUUGAUGCCAAGUUUUUGUUACAGAUUCAUUUUUCCAUAAAACCAUUUUGAACCAAUGAACCAGUCAAUAAUUUUAAGGUUCUGUUUUAAAUGUAAGAAUUCCAACUUACGGUCUAUUAAAAAUUCAGCCCUAAAUGACAAGCCUUCUUAAAGCCUUAUUUUUCAAAACCCCUAAUCUUGCUCAGAUUAAGAAUUGCCAAAAUACCUUCUGAACUAAGUCGCGUUGUACUGAGAACACUUAAGUACUAAACUGUUGAGAGAGACUUUUGUUUUUAAGAAGACUGCAGCUUCUGGAGUUGGGGUGCAGACCCUUCCCUAGUUUCCAGACCGAGUGACGCAGCACAGCCUCCUUAACAACAUGUUGCCAUGUAACGCACCUGUAACUUAUCAGCCCAUGUUCAUUACAUAACUUUGUACUGUGCGUCAAUGAGUGAGUGUAACAGCUCAGCCCUUUGAUUUCGUAGUGAGUUUUCUAAAAUCCCAGUUGACUAGCUUUUGCAGACUUUGAACAGAACUCUGGUUUCCCGUGUUGCCUCUAAUGAAGUAUUCUGUUCCUAGUCGUGGGUGUGCCGGGUGGAGUGUGUGAACACGACAUGAUCAAAGGAUAAAGACAGUAUUUUGACUAAUAUGAAGUAGAGAUUACUUUACACUACAUUGUACAUGGAGUAAUUCAACUGAAUAAAAGUGUCACGGGUAAAGAGUUUUAACGGUUAAUUUCUGUCAGACACAGUAGAUGACAAAGGUCUUAGCAGUGUCUCUCUUGAGCUUUUCCUUUCCCUACACUGCCGUCCUUCCCCAGAUGGGUUGUGGAACCCAUAUUUAAACUGGCCACCCCCACAGUUGCUAACUUAGCAAGUACUUUUCUUUAGGGCCCCCUCUUCACGAGCAAUAUGUCUGACCUGUACUAUAAGAUCUUUCUGAUAAUGCAUUUGGAGUUUUUUUCUUUGUUUUUUCUUUUUUUUUUUCUUUUGGUAGAUUGGUAGAAGUGCAUUCCUGUUUUCACCUUACUUUACUCAAAGCUAAUAAGUGCUUUCCUUAGUUUUCUAGUAAUUAGAUGUAAAAAUCAUGUGUUGCAGCUUUAUAGUUUUUAAACUAUUUUAGAUAUUCUUAAACUAUGAACCUUCUAAACAUCACUGUCUUGCCGGAGUACCAACACUGUCACGUGACUAAUGCUGCCCCUCUAGACCUCACCCACGUGGACACAUGCUUCCCGUCGUGGCUCUGCCUAGAGCUGUUCCUUUGGGUCUGUGAGGUUCUGUCAACUGCUAGUGCUAGCGCUGUUGUGUGCAACCUGACUCACUGGCAAGAACACAGUGUUGGCCUUCCAACCACUAGAACAAACUUUUCAAUUGACAGUUGCAGAAUUGUGGAGUGUUUUUACAUUGAUCUUUUGCUAAUGCAGUUAGCAGUAUGUUUUGCAUGUAUGACUUAAUAAAUCCUUGAAUC